AUGCACUCACCUCCUAGAGACCAGGCUGCCAUCAUGCUCUGGAAGCUCGUGGAGAAUGUCAAGUACGAAGAUAUCUAUGAGAUGUUAGUCCACACCUAUUCAUCCAUGGACCGGCACGAUGGCGUCCCAAGCCACAGCUCCAGGCUCUCCCAGCUGGGCUCAGUAUCCCAGGGACCUUACUCCAGCGCCCCGCCGCUGUCCCACACCCCGUCGUCAGACUUCCAGCCGCCCUACUUCCCGCCUCCCUACCAGCCGCUCCCCUACCAUCAGAGCCAGGAUCCCUACUCCCACGUCAACGACCCCUACUCCCUGAACCCACUGCACCAGCCCCAGCAGCAUCCUUGGGGGCAACGGCAGCGACAAGAAGUGGGUUCGGAAGCCGGCUCUCUCCUGCCCCAGCCUCGGGCAGCCUUGCCCCAGCUCUCGGGCCUCGACCCCCGGAGGGACUACCACUCGGUCCGCCGGCCAGACGUGCUGCUGCAUUCGGCGCACCACGGCCUGGAUGCGGGCAUGGGUGACAGCCUCUCGCUGCACGGCCUCGGCCAUCCCGGAAUGGAAGACGUCCAGUCAGUUGAAGAUGCCAAUAACAGCGGCAUGAAUCUAUUGGACCAGUCUGUCAUAAAAAAAGUUCCGGUUCCUCCCAAAUCUGUGACUUCUCUGAUGAUGAAUAAAGAUGGCUUCCUGGGAGGCAUGUCCGUCAACACCGGCGAGGUAUUUUGCUCGGUCCCGGGCCGUUUGUCUCUGCUCAGUUCAACUUCAAAGUACAAAGUAACUGUGGGGGAAGUUCAGAGACGGCUUUCGCCCCCCGAAUGCCUCAAUGCGUCUCUCCUCGGCGGCGUCCUCAGAAGAGCCAAAUCGAAAAAUGGGGGGAGAUCUUUGCGAGAAAGGCUAGAAAAAAUCGGUUUGAAUUUACCCGCGGGCAGGCGCAAAGCUGCAAAUGUCACGUUACUCACCUCCCUGGUGGAAGGAGAAGCUGUUCACUUAGCUCGGGAUUUUGGGUAUAUUUGUGAAACGGAGUUUCCUGCUAAAGCGGUUUCUGAGUAUUUGAACCGGCAGCACACCGACCCCAGUGACCUGCACUCCCGAAAGAAUAUGCUGCUGGCUACCAAGCAACUCUGUAAAGAAUUUACGGAUCUGCUGGCGCAGGAUCGGACGCCAAUCGGGAACAGCAGGCCUAGCCCCAUCCUGGAGCCGGGGAUCCAGAGCUGCCUCACGCACUUCAGCCUCAUCACGCACGGCUUCGGCGCCCCGGCCAUUUGCGCCGCGCUCACGGCCCUGCAGAACUAUCUCACCGAGGCGCUCAAAGGCAUGGACAAGAUGUUCUUGAACAACACCACCACUAACAGGCACACGUCUGGGGAAGGCCCAGGUAGUAAAACUGGCGACAAGGAGGAGAAACACAGGAAAUGAAAAAUUAAAAAAAAAAAAAAGAAAAAUGUUUUAAAUACAAAAGGAAAACAGAAAAAAUUUAAUUUUAGCUUUAAAAUGUUGGAUUGGCUUUGGAAGAAUUAUAUUAGGUAGAAUACACAUACAAUCAAAUUUAAAAAAAAAGAGCUAAAUAACUUUUAAAAAAAACUGAGGCGUACAACGGAGCAACAAUAUCGGUUCUCAGUGUCUAUUUCAAGAUACACUUGGAGACAAACGUCCGGAUUUUCCACUUCGGUUCUUUCGAGCUUAGUAAUACUGAUAAUAAAAGAAAACCAUGAUUUUCCCCCUUUGGAAAAUAAACGUAAGACUAAAGAUGAGAAAACGCUAACUUAUUGGAAGAAAAUCGGAGAAACAUUGUUGGUGUCAGUGCUUUGAGAGUUGGUUGACUGAGACGCACGAACUUUUUAAUUUUUAAUAUUUUUUUAGGAAACACUCUUGCAGUCCCCACCCUUCCACCUCACUUCACCCCUCUCCCAGCCACCCUUUUCUACAUUGCCCUCCCUCCCUCAAGCUGUCACGGGAAUUUUCCGGGAUGAAAAUGAGUGUGGUUAGCCCCUUUGCGUUGUGUUUCAGUCCCCUGGGUGCCCCCGCCCCCGCCCCGCCCUGCGUUCUUAACUCACCGGCGCUCAGCUCCCAGGCCGUUGGCACCCUUGGGAGGGCGAGGGCGGGCGGGGAGGGAGGCCCGCGGUGGUGCCGGUGGGGGCUGCUGCUUGUGCCGGGCGGCUGAGCAGAGGCUCCUGCGGCUGAGGAAAAUCCGGAUCAAUAAGUUGAUUCAGACUCAUCAUCAGUUCCUUUCAGAAAUGUUACUAAUUCCCAGCCUUGCCGGCAUCUGCAUACAGAGAAUCUUGCAUUUGUUAUAUUUGUGUCAUCUACCAAUUUUAAGAACAAUAGUAAAAAAAAAAGCACAAUAUGAAUACGUUGAUUAGUAUGUAAUUCCUUCGGAGGGGUAUGUACCAUUUCAUUCUCUUCUGUUUUCCAAAGCUUUGCCCGCAUGGUUUAUGAGCUUCUUCAAAGAGGACUUGGGCUUCCUACACAAUCUAUAAGGUACAGAGAAAAGAAAAAAUCCGAUCCCUUUUUAAUCAAAGCCUGUGUGUCAGAAUUCUGCAGGUGCACUUCUUUAAAGAAGCUCAAAGGGAAUAAUUUAGAAAGUGGCCAAUAAGAGAUUGAAGCAGCUCUGAGUCUAGUUGCUAACAGAUACCUCAACAUGGAAUUCCACGGGAGGGGGAGCUGAAAAAUGAAUUUUAGGGGAGAAGAGUAAGGGUUCUUGGAGCCCAAUAUUUUAGCAAUAUUGCCCUGCCUUUGAAAUAGAUUCCAUUUCCUUGGGCUCUUUGGUGAUUGCCGUUUUAGCCGGUGAAGAAGCAGCUUUUUGAGUGGUUGUGGGGAGGAGGGUGAUGCAAGCUCCCGUGUUUUAGCAACAAUUGCUUUCUUACAAGAUGCUUUAUGAAUGAGACACUCCCCCCUCUCAGAUGUGCACUUGUUUUGGCAUAUAAUGGCAAAAUAAUGAAUGCAAAGUGAAAGGAGAUGUAUUUCAGCUUUGAAUUUUACCAUCUGUAUACACUGGGACUAUUCCCAGUGGAUAAAGUUUCCUGCAUUUAAUAUCUCUCA